AUGGCGAGUGACGCCCCAGAGAAUUCCGACCCCCAGACUGUCACGCAAAACGGGCAAACAGAACAGCACGAAAUCCCCGAUGGCCCAAACCCCCCGCCUGAGCUCGCGCCGCAAGAUCCAAGACUGCCAACCCGAAAGGAUACGUCAUUACGAGAGUUUUUGAACAAAAUUGACGACUACGCACCAAUUAUUCCCGAUGCCGUGACCAACUACUACAUGACCAAGGCUGGCCUCCCGCCGCCGCCGCAGACCGACGCCCGCCUGGCGCGGCUGCUUGCCCUGGCGACGCAGAAAUUCAUCGCCGACAUUGCCGCCGACGCGUACCAGUACAGUCGCAUCCGCGCCUCCAGCAACACCAACAACCCGAUGGGCACGCUCGGCGCGGCCGCUGGGUUCCCUAUCCCCGGACAGCAGGCAGGUCAGCCUGGCAACAAGGACCAGGGGAAGGGCGCCCCGCUGGGAAUCCAGCGCCCUGGGUACGGUGGCGGAGGACAGGGCGGGAGCCAGAACAGGACGGUUUUGACCAUGGAGGAUCUGGGCAUGGCUGUGGGGGAGUAUGGCGUGAAUGUGAAGCGGAGCGAGUUCUAUCGCUAG